UGCGCGACCCAAUAGCGAACGAACAGACCAAAAGCAACUGAAAGCAACAAAUUGCUGCUUGUUGCGCAUCGUCAGUUCUUUGCUUCAACCGCGAUUGAGCUUUAUUAACGUUUGAUUUUCAUCAACAAAGAUUGUUCCGCGUCAUCUUUAGCAGUGGUAUAAUAACGCGGACGAGAUCGCUUGAACAAGAACAAAAGGAGAGAGAAAGAGAAAGUACGGAGUAUGGCAGACGCGUGAAAGACGAUGACGACGCGCCCCUUGACGUAGGCCAUUUUGCGUGGCAUCGGGACUGAUGAAAGGGCUUGUUCCUUCAGGGGCAAACGUACUCUUGCUCACUCACUUUUUCUUUCCCAGGUACAUGUCUGCGUGGAUCUCUCGCAUGAGAUUGUCCCUUUUGCACUCUUCUGUUUGCAGAUGUCCAUAAUGCGGAACGGAAGCAGCAAGUAAGGAAAAUCGUGGUCUGUCCAGAGAGAAGACCAACCUCUCUUUUGUAUAGAUAAUUAAGGAAACGUCCUGGAAGUAGAAAACAGUACGUGACGCAAUGGCAGAGGCGACAGAGAAGAUAGAGAUCCUAAAAAUUGAGGAGUAUACUGACAAUGUGCUAAUUGAGGAUGGAACCACAGAGAUCUUAUUUGAUGGGGACAUCUCACAACCUAUAGUAGUGGCCAGUAGAACAUCUACUGAUAAUGAGAAAGAUGAUUUGGUUAUUUCAAUUAUAACUGAUUAUCAAUGUGUGACAUGUCACCGUGUUUUCCAGUCAAAGGAUAUGUUGCAGAAACAUGUAGACAUGUGCAGAGAGGAAGAUGACUCGACUAAUAUCAUGGGACUUGAUAAUAUAACCAGUUAUGAUUCAGAAGAAGAGGAUGAGGAUGAGGAUGAUCCUCUAGUAAAUUUAAGUGCUGAAGAUUCGGAUUCUAAGGGUCAAAAAAACAAUAAUGAAAAACCUGUCAUCAAGCCCGUGCCCGAAACGCAGUGUCAUUGCUGCGCGGAAGACUUAAAGACGGCACAUAGCGGCGGAGAGUAUAAGUGUUUAAAUUGCGAUCUCAGUUUCAAGAAAAGGGCGUCUCUGGAAAGACAUGUUAUAGUCAUACAUUGGAAGUGCGAUUCAUGCACAUGUAACGAAUGCGGUUCUUCCUUUCGUGACAAGAAAGCUUUGAAUAAGCAUCGCUAUACGACACAUGGAGAUCGCAAAAUUUUUAAAUGUGAGCCUUGCGAUACUUACUUCUCCCGGAGCUAUCACUUAAAUCGGCACAUAAUGCAAUCUGGCUGUCACGGUAACAUACUUAAUACAUUCAGUUGUCAAGUGUGCAAGAAAGAUUUUACGCGUAAAGAUAACCUACGGGAACACUUGCGUACUCACGCAGGAACGCCUCAGAGACAAAAAAAAAAGUGUAAAUAUUGCCCGAAGGAAUUCUUUACGAACCAACAGUUGUUAGUACAUGAACGCAUGCACACGGGAGAGCGACCAGUCCAAUGCGAUUUAUGUCCGAAGACAUUCCUGUCGCCACUUGCGCUGAAAAAGCAUCGUCGUGUACAUACCGGAGAAAAGCCGUUUGAGUGUAAAUACCUAGCGUUAUGGAUGGAAAAAAUAUUGCCAACAGUUAAACAUUUCAAGCACAGCGUCAACUUCCAUUUUACCGGGAGAUCCUGUAUGAUUUAUUGGGCAAGUUUCUUGAUGUUCUUUAUAUUUCGGAUCGUCAGUGUGGUGCCGAAAUGUCAAAGGAAAUUUGCCGCUCGCGAAACGCUAAAUCGUCAUCAACGGACGCACACGGGCGAGAAACCACACGUGUGUCAGUAUUGUGGCAAAUCGUUUAUACAGGCAGCGCAAUUAAGGGCACAUGUGUUCCAUCACACCGGAGAGAAUGGUUUCUAUUGCGAUGUAUGUGGCAAGGCGUUUAAUCGGAAGGCGCGUUUGAAUAUUCACAAGAAAUUUGUACACGAGGGAGCGAUUCCAUUCACAUGUGAAGCCUGCGAUAAGGGUUUUACACGAAGGGAGGACUUGGUGAAACACAGGCUGUUACACACUGGCAUCAAACCGUUCAAAUGCGAUAAGUGUCCGAAAGCUUUUUCGGCGAAGUCAUCGUUGCAGGCUCAUCUCAACACUCACAGACGCGAACCUCCUCAGUCGUGCGUUGAAUGCAAUCGAGUGUUCAUCCGGCAAGAUUGUCUGAUGCGGCACAUUCGCGCGAAGCAUCGAGAAUUGUUGGAGGAUGUAAUGAAUGAGGUCGAGAAGAAGCAUUUGCAAACGCAGUUAUACAACAUUGCGUCGGCCGCUGCUGCCAAAACAAAAACUGGCGAAUCUAGAAGACUCUCCACCGAUGAGUUGUUGAAGGCCAUUAUAGAUCUUUUGAGGAUACUUAUUGACGAGGAAACAUUACAGUUGUUUGGUUGGCCGGAAGCUCCGAUACAAGACAUCCUUGAAGCCGUGAUCAGAAGAUGCGGACACGAGCCGAUAACAUCGGAGGCCAAUGUAAUGUUCACCGAGAGGCUACGACAAAACGUCAAGCUUCUGUUCACUGUUGUCAUCGACACAGUGAACGAUGAAACAGUGAAAUCUCUCUUGACGACGAAAACCGUGGACGAUGUCAUUCUCCAUGUUUUGGAAAUAUCUAACCGAGAUUAGGAACGAAAAGAUAUUAUAUAAAAGACGAUCAUACUUUUUCUUUUAGCUUUGUGUUCACGAUGCUAGAAAUUGGUCCAAAUCCUCGAUCCGAGAAAAAGUUGCUAAAAUUCGAAUCGCGGACACAAGCAACACGGAUGAAUAUCUCGAAUAGAAAUCUUAUACAGAAAAAAUGCAUCUUGUUCCAUUUUUCUGUACUAGUUACUAGGUUCAUAUUGAUUCAAUUCCUUUUUUCUUUCUCAUAGAGGAAGCUUUGUUUUCGUAAAAUUCGUAUAUGAACCUUUGAUUGCGUAUAAAG